AUGACUAAAGCUGCACAUUCCUCUUGACAGUCUCACGUCGGUAGAAAAUCGUCGGAUCGGUCUCAGUCUGUCGUUAGAUCGAGAGAAGCUAAGAAAUGGAUCGUUGGGUAGGAAAGUUGGCUGUGGUGACGGGAGCUUCUUCGGGAAUCGGUUUAGCAAUCGGUAAAACACUGAUUCGCGAGGGGAUGAUCGUCGUGGGACUUGCCAGAAGGAAGGAGCUUAUGGAGAAAGAAAUGAGCGAGGCGAUAAAAGCUGGCAAGUUCUACGCUCGCGAGUGCGACGUCUCGAGCGAGAAAAGUGUCAAUGAGGCUUUCGACUACAUCGCCGAUACCUUCAAAGUGGUUAACCUGCUCGUUAAUAAUGCCGGCGUCGUCACCACCAAGUCUAUCGAAGACUCCACAGUAGAGGAGUUACAGGAGGUAAUCGGCGUGAAUCUCAUGGGAGUCUUGUACUGCUACAAAGCAGCCGUUACCUUAAUGAAGACAGCCAACGAAGCUCACAUCAUCAACAUCAACAGCAUCGCAGGCCAGAAGGUGCCAUCUCCCACCUGGACGCGCGGCGACUACACGUCCGUGAACGUCUACCCGGCGACCAAGUUUGCGGUCAGGGCCAUCUCCGAGGUCCUCAGUUACGAGCUUAUCGGGCGCAAUAUCCGCGUCACUAAUCUUAGUCCAGGAUACGUCAGGACCGCGAUAUGCACCAAGGCUGCUCUGUCAACUAUGCCAGCACUAAAACCGGAAGAUGUUGCAGAUAGCAUCGUUUAUGUUAUCGGGUCACCCGCGAAUGUCCAGAUCACCGAGCUGACUAUCAAGCCGUUGGGAGAGACCUUUUCGCAGAGCAAUAUGGAUCGCUGGAACGGAAAAGUAGCUGUGAUAACGGGAGCCUCCUCGGGAAUCGGCUUGGCAACUGCCAAAUCUCUGAUUAAACACGGUGUCAUCGUUAUCGGUUUGGCGCGAAGAAAACUGCAGAUGGAGGAAAAUAUGAAAAACGCUAAGGGGCCCGGAAAAUUCUACGCGAGAGAGUGCGACAUCACUGACGAGGAGAGCGUAAUUUCGGCACUGAAUUGGGUAAUGGACACCCUCGGAGCUUUGAACAUUCUCGUUAAUAAUGCCGGCAUCGUGACUUCGGGAAAAAUAGAAGAUACAUCAUCGUCGGACAUCGAAAACGUUUUCAACGUCAACGUCAUCGGACUUUUGUACUGUUCGAAGCACGCCAUAAAGUUAAUGAAGGCUAAUGAGAACGAAGCUCAGAUUGUCAACAUAAACAGUGUCUUAGGGCAUGCUGUACUUUCUCCGCGAAGUGGUUUUGCCAACGUUUAUCCAGCCACGAAGUUUGCCGUCAGGGCCCUGUCCGAAACUCUUAAAAAUGAACUUAUCGACGCGAAAAUCCGUGUUUCGAACGUCAGUCCAGGAUUGGUCAAAACUGAGAUUUACGAUAGGGCGGCCAGUCAGAACUCGAUUAUACAAAAAAUGCCAACGUUGAACGCAGAAGACGUCGCUGAUUCUAUUGUUCACGUACUUUCAGCACCACCACACGUUGAAAUAACGGAAAUAAUGAUACAGCCGAAGGGAUCAGCAUUUUAGAAAUUAGAAUUAUUUAUAAUUUUGUACUUGAUAUUAUAUAGGAAUGUAUGCGUUAUUUAAAUUCGUUAAGUAUAAACUUAUGAUCUUAAAAUUCGAA